AUGGAGUUAAAAAAAUCGUUCCGAAAAAGGUUUGCAAAUAUGCAAAUCAAGGCCAAGCAGAGCACAGACUUUUUGAACCUAAAGUCGGGGCUUCUUACUCCAAAUACCCCUGUGGAUCCAACUGGCCAGGACUUCUUUUCCUUCCCUCCCGAAAGUAACAGCGCCGUUACCUCGCUGGACCGACGAAAGUCUAGAACCAGCUCGGUCUCUUCUUCUGCCAACGAGCGGCAGUCCCGCCUGAGCCACCCAAGCUCCUACGAAGCUCUGUCUGCUCGAGUUUCCUCGCAGCAGGCUCCAAAACUCAGUUCCAGCGAUCGCUCGAGCGGUGUCGACUCGUCGCUCAAGAGCGGCAAAAAUGACGUCUUCAUCACCGAGCAGAGCUCUAGCGAAUUCGAUGACGAAGUCGCCGAUGAGAUGGCUGAGAAAAUUCUGUCCGUUGUCUCAAGCAGGCGAGCAUCAAACAGUUGGUGUCUUAGUUGA